AUGUUACUAUGGAGUCAGAUUUUAAUUAUGGAAAAAAUUUCUAGUCUAAGAACGCCUUCAUUUAUUGAUAGUCAACGUCAAAAUCGUCGUCGCCGCUACUCAAUCAGCUCCCCUAAUUUGUUUGAAUCUCGUGGAGGUACUAUUAUUCAACAGUUCGAUAACAUAAUCAAUCGAUCGUCGCGCGCAAAGCUUUCUAAAACAAAAUCUGCAUUAUCGAUUUCAAAUCUUGGCUUUGAAUCGACAAACUCGGAUUUAGAAAAAUAUGAUAUUCUAACAAAAUUAAAUAUAGGAGCAUUUGGCGCAAGUUAUCUAAUACGAGAUUCGAAUGAUGGACAAAUGUACAUAUUAAAACGAAUUGAUUAUAAUUUACCAGAGAAAUUUCGUGAACAUUUAUUUAACGAAAGAUAUUUAUUAAGCGUUUUAAAGUCGAAUUAUAUUCUUUCAUUGAUUUCUUCUUAUAUCGAUAUAGAACAUAAUUGUUUUUCGAUGAAAUUUGAAUAUACAAAUGGAAUAACAUUAUUACAUUUACUUCGACAAGUUCGUUGGUUUGAAGAAUCAGCUGUAGCAUUUUAUAGUGCACAAAUUGUUGUCGCAUUUGAAUAUUUACAUGAAUUAAAUAUUAUCUAUAGAAAUCUUAAGCUAGAAACUAUUCUUCUUACUCAUAAUGGAUAUAUUAAGCUAUUUGAUUUUGCUUUUGCUAAAUUAUUAUCUUCACAAUCAACUUAUACAUAUUCAAUAGUUGGCGUACCUGAUAUUAUUCCACCUGAAAUGCUUUUAGCUCGACCGUAUUCAUUUUCAGUUGAUUGGUGGCAAUUAGGCAUAGCUAUGUUUGAAAUGCUUACAUCACGUACACCGUUUUUCUCUCCAUCAAUGUUUGAAACACAUAAAAAUGUUAUUGAAAAUCGUCGAUAUGAAUUUCCAUCACAUAUUAGUAGUUUAGCACGAUGUACUUGUAUGAUGUUGUUACAGCCGAAUAUAAAGAAACGUUUAGGUUGCUCAUCAACUGGUCAGGGCGCAAAAGAAGUUAAACAAAAUGUUUGGUUUAAAAAUCAUGUGAAUUGGGCAGCAAUUAUUGAGGGAGCACAUCCACCACCAUAUAGAAUUAACAAUGUUGAAAGAAAUUCAAAUAAAACUACAUCAUUGCUAAAUACAAUUGAAUCGAAAUGGUUAGAUGAAUAUGACCAAGCAGUACGCUCGUUAAUGGAUGUUAGUGUUUCAGACGAUGAAACGAAUUUAUUGAAAAUUUUUUGA